AUGAUCACGACCGGCCACGAAGCGACGUUUUUGCGACGGUUUCGCAACAGAAUAAAAUUGUUCACACGAUACUCUUGCUCCUCCCACCGCAUCUCCGAUCUGCAAGCUGGCUACUGCCUCCGCCAACGACGUCACCUCCGACAUCACCUCCGCCGUCACCCCCGGCAGCAAAGCCCUCCAGCUACUCCAAAGUCAUCGACGCAUCAUACCUUCUCCCUCCCACUGCCGGUCCGACCUGCAACCCACCUCUGUGAACGACGACCAGCAUCGCCUCACUAUCUUGCCGCCACCACCACCAUCGUCGAAGUUGUUGUUGUAGCUGGUGGACCUUACCAUUGGAUCCGAUUUCAGCUUUUUUUUUUCUUUCUAAGCUGUGAGGUUUAG